UAAACUGUAAACUGUAUCACGUAUAGUCUCGUUUCCGUGCGCCGUACAGGCAUCGACGGCGGGGGCGGGACGAACCCGUCGAGUUUGUCCACUAGUAUUUUUUUAGGAAAUACGAAUAUUUCCUAUUCUUCGUUGCGUGUUACGUGCCGUACAACAAGAACGAAGAACCUCACGAUUUUUCUUUCGCGCGGUCUUUACACGGCGUGUGGUACGUAACAUAUACACGUAUCAACAUGUCUGUAUUACGUCGGUUCUCCGGCCUUUGAUUCAGAUCUCAUUGUACGCGCGCCCAGAGAACGGCUAAACGAAGUUUUUGAACGAUAAGAUAUCAUCCCGAUCCGAUCGUCCGAUAAUACGAUGUUUUGAGUGUCAAGCGAUUCAAGAAUCAGUCGUAUAUAUAUUUAGUACGUGUACACACCCGUGUGCAUGCGGUAGAUGUAGUAGUUGGCUGGCGGAUCGUCGACCAACUUCUCGGGUUUAUCAUCGAUCGUAGUCGAUCGCCGUCAGGCAUUGGUGCGAAUGAGAACGUAGCUCCGCUUUUGAUAUUCUGUUUAUAAGGCGGCACGCAUUUUAUCGCGGAUAACGGACCUAACGGGCUGAUCAAGCGAAAUCGGUGAACCUAUGUCGGUGGAAGGCGUACAACCGCCGAUCGUACAGCUUGAAUCCCGUCGCGGGUGACGAUCCCGCGCCCGGUGUUAUUGUUGCUUCCCUUAACCUCCGAUCGCACGAGUGACCAGUGAAUUCUUGCGAAAAAGCAUGAAUCCCGUCGGCGGUGAUGGAAGCGGGGACGGUAGGAAGGAACGUCGCGGAGGUAGCCGCAUCCGUGCACGGGGACCAUGGACGUCGAGCUAUCAAGGAGGAACAUCGCUGAGGAGGCCGCAUCACGCCGCGUCUGGAGGGCAAACAGGAUCAUUGGAGACUGGAGGCGAGCCGACCGAUCAAAGAGAUUUGGACAAGUCCUUCGAGGACAUCGUACAAAACUCCACGCUGUCCGUUCACGCGGCGGAAUUCGUUCCAAAGUCAUACCCGAUUAAACAAGCACAGCAACAGCAGCAGCUGCAGCAGCAGCAGCAGCAGCAGUAUUCCUCCGUGCAUCUACCGAAACAUUCGGUCCAACAUAGAUUGCAAAUGGCACGCGGCGAAGUUCAAAAUCCAGAGUCUAAUUACAACACCUCGCAGCACUGUCAAGCCGACCAAGUUCAACAAAUUAACAAUAUUUCCCAGCAAGUAAAUCAGUCUUUGAACAUCCAAGAUUAUGGGACCUUCGACGGAGGCUCGGGAGACUACAAAAACAAGCACGACGUAGACGAGGACGAUUAUAUUAUCGAGUUCGCGAACACGACGCAAAAUCUGAUGAGCGUCGUACACUCGUUGAUAUUAAAUCCAGGACGUUUCACGUCGAUCGUGCCGCCCCUCAUAAACAAUCUUAGGCCUUAUUUAGAAUCCCCUAGUCAGUUUCGAGAAAUUAUGCAAAUAAUAAUACAACAGUCUAUAAACGAAGGUAACUUUCGGUACAGCGGUGCUCGACUUUGCGCUUCUCUAGACAGCAAUUUGUCAGCCACGGAACGAACGCCAUUCCGAUGGAAUCUAUAUAACCUGUGUAAGAGCGAAGCGGACAAUCUAACAUCCAACUGGCAGCAAAAGGAUAUCCAUACGGAGGAAGACCAGAAGAAGUGUCAGGGAUUGAUUCUGUUCUUAGCCGAAUUAGUUAUUCAAAUGGAGCACUCGACGGCGUUCGGCCUGGGAGAUCUCUUGAUACAACUUAUCAUCGUCAUAUUGAGGAAACCCGCACCUAAUUCCGUCAAGACCAUCUGCCAAGCCCUCAAGUUGGCGGGGCACACUUUGGAGAAGAGUGAAAAUCGUAAGGAGAUGGAGAACAUGAUGCGGGCACUCAUGGAUCUCGUCACCGAGGGUAAAGUCGACAUACACGUGGGAAGGAUGGUGCACAGCGUUCAGGAAUUAAGAACCGGAAACUGGGGACAGACUCCCUCCACGCCGUUACAAUCGUCGGAAAUAAUAGAUCUCGAUCAGGCACUCGACGAGCCUGUCUUCUACGGGCCGGACGGCAAAGUACUCACAGCGGAGGAGAACAAAUUCUUGGAAGAUGUUGCCGACAGUACAGGAAAUAACGAGGAUAAUAUCAUACCGAUGUACGAGGGCGACGAAAAGUGGAUAACUGAAGACGAUAUGGAUGACGACAUAGACGAGGCUUUAGACGAAUUUUUAAAGAAUAUACCCAAGCAAAUUAAGAAUCAAACGCAUAAAUAAUCAGUUGCGCGACAACGAUUGCCUACCAUAAAUAUCAGUCGAAUAAUUAACGCAUAAUAAUGGAAGUGAAUGUCGAAUCCAUCAAGGCCGCUCGAUUUUUAAUUAUUACGCACACGGUGACCGGUCGACGUCGGUGGUAACGAUGUAUAUGCGGUGUCGCCGCAUCGGCAUGCCAUUUUUGGCCCGGAGAGACGAUUGUUCAUCGUACCGAACGGAGUUGCAAUACGAUUACUCACGCUCUGUAUUUCAUGAAUUUUAUCCGUAGUAUACGACGGUCCUUUUCCGCUUAUGUUUAUCCCGUGAUCGGAUAUACAUUCCGACGAGUGAAAGUCGAUCCCUAAAGAAAAUGAUGAUUCACGUCUCGAUUAGAUCACGCGGUCACAAUUUAUUAGAGUAUACUCCGUUAAUUUAUACGAUCGAUAUACUUAUAUUUGAUUAGAAGGAAUUUUUGUAACGAGACACACGAUUAUGUACCAAUAAAAAUAAAACUGAAUGUCAUUUUUA